UUGCGGCAAUUUCGAAGGGAAUAGUGAGUUUUGAAAAUUUUGACAACGACCUCGAGAAUGGCAGAUAAUCAACAAAGUAGAUUUGAAAAGUCUCUUGGUCUUUUAACGACUCGUUUUGUCACUUUAUUACAGAAAGCAAAAGACGGCGUUCUUGAUUUAAAAGUAGCGGCUGAUAUUUUAGAAGUUCGACAAAAAAGACGAAUUUAUGAUAUUACUAACGUACUUGAAGGUAUUGGACUCAUUGAAAAGAAAAGUAAAAACAGUAUUCAAUGGAAAGGAGCAGGUCCAGGUUGUAACACUCAAGAAGUUGGUGAAAAAUUAACUGACUUAAAAGAUGAAAUAAGGAAAUUAGAAGAUCAUGAACAAUUAUUAGAUAAACAUACUCAAUGGAUUCAACAAAGUAUAAAAAAUAUAGAAAAUGAUUUGAUUAAUAGAAAGCAUGCAUAUAUUACUUAUGAAGAUGUUAAAGAAAAUUUUACAGAUGAUUUUGUGUUAGGAAUUCAAGCUCCUCCUGAUACAGAAUUAAGUGUGCCAACAUAUAACAAAUAUGUAACAACCCAGACAUCUGAAGAAGAUGACAAAGAAAUAAAUUAUGAAAUGUUCCUAAAAAGUACUUCAGGAGAAAUUAAAGUAUAUAUGAUUCAACCAGAGUUAGCUAAAACAUAUGAUAGUAAAAUAUUAGAAAUGAGAUUACAAGAAGAAAUGAAAGGUACAAAAAGAGGAAAAGAAGAAGAAGAAAAAAAGGAAGAAGCUAAUGUUAAACCAAAAAGAAGAGUUGGAAGGCCUCCAAAAGGAAUCAGUAAACCUGAUCCUGUUAUAUCUGAUGAAGAUGAAGAAGAUGAUGCAGAAUUGAUAGAGGCAAAAAUAGUACUACGAGAUGUUAGUACAUCAGAUAUUGCUCAAAAAGAUUUAGAAUUAUUUGAUCAAAUUUAUUCUGAUAUUUAUGGACCACUAGUAAGAUUAAGUCCUCCACCUAGUGAGAAAGAUUAUCACUUUAAUCUUAGUGAAAAUGAAGGAAUUUGUGACUUAUUUGAUAUUACAGCAAAAUGAGUAACAAGUUGUAUAGUUUAAAUGAUUGGAUGGUUCACACUGUGCCAAUAAUGUGCAAAAUUGCAAAAAAUUUGUUGACAAUUUCUGAAGGCUGUUGUAUGUAUAUAAUUUUAAAGAAUGGAUAUGGAUAAUGAUCAUUGAAUAUAUGCAGUAUUUUUUUAUUAGUAGAAAAUAAAAAAAAGAAAACAAAUUAUAGAAAAAAAUGUUUAUAACAAUCACUUUUGUUGGAUUUUUAUUUAAUUAAAUGAUAACAUUUUGACAAAUUCUAUAUAAUUUCAAUAUGAUUUAUUUCUAAA